AUGGAGGAACAGUACAGCAACAACACGUUCCAGAACGACAGCUAUUAUGAUUAUGAUUAUGAUGAUGUGGGUGAAUUAGUACUCCCAUUUGAUCUACCGAUUCAGCUAAAUAUUGCGUUUUGGAUCGCCAUCGUCAUCUGUCUUCCGUUGAUCAUACCGGCCAUCUACUAUCUGUAUUCUCUGGUACGUGAUGAUCACGUUGCUCCAAUCUACGUCAUCAACCUUCUCAUCUCUGACUUUAUUCAGCUCUGUUGCAUGGUGAUGUGGUUGGGAAAACCCAAGCGUCUUCUGUUCUUCAUCACCUUGGUAAUUCACAUCAUUGGUGUAAUGGCCAGUGUCGGCUUCAUGGUCUGUAUUUCCCUGGAAAGGUAUUUGGUCAUUGCCUGGCCUCUGUGGUACCGCUUCAGAAGAACCGUGAAGGUCUCAGUGGUGGUCUGUGUUGUGGUCUGGGUCUUAGCUUUGGUCCUUACUUUUUUGUCCAUGUUCAUUGGACCCAAGCCCAUUGCAGUAAUCCUUCUCCUCCCCUUCCCCGUGCUCAUCUUCUCUGUGGUUGGGAUCUUUAAAGGCCUGUCUGCUGCCAUCUCUGUGUCCUCUGAGGAAAAACGACGAAUUGUUGGAGCUACAAUUCUGGUGUUGCUUAAUUACACACUGCUGUUCCUGCCUCUCAUAAUUUGGAGCAAAACAUUAGAUCAUACUAUGACUAACCCUUUUGCAUUCAUCUGCUUAAAUCCUCUUGGAGACUUGGUUCUGUAUGUUUUCAUGAGAAAAGGGGCCAUAGACAAGAUUUUAGCCUCUCUGUGUUGUUGCAGGAUGGAAACACAGCAGCAGCAGAUCAUUGCUGUAAAUGAUAAUAACAUGACGACAGUCAGCUCUGUGUAGGCAGAGGAAGCUAACAGAGUA